UAUUGACCAACCUAACCUAAAAUAAAACUUGACAGUAAAACAUCAAAAUCCAUAUUCAAAAAAUGUCUUAAACCAUGAGUUGGGUGUGGAAAUCAUCAAAAUUACAAGUUCCUAUAAAACAGUGUUUAUCGUUUAUAGAAGAUCACUGUUUUAAUCGAGCAACAUCAACAUUAAAAGAAUUCGGAGUCGACUGGACGGACAUAUCAAAGCCACGAAAUACUAAAUUGGAUAAGCAAAUACCUAAGAUGGAUGCCGUGUUUUUUCAUUCGGACAGAUUCGAUCUUCUAAUAGACGCUAGAGGAUUUCGACCGGAAGAUAUUAAAUGUAAAAUGUCACCAAAUCUUAUUGAAAUAAUCGGACAAAGACAAGAAAACGCAAACAGUGGGAAUAAAAGUAUGACUUUGUCAAGAAAUUAUCAAUUACCUCAAGCAGUUAAACCGGAAGAAGGUAAUUGCUUUUUUUCAACUGAAGGUGUAUUAUUAGUGAGCGCUCCGUGGCAAGCCACAUAAUUUAUUAAAGGAAACAUGUAUAAUUUAUUAAAAUAUAUAUUUAAUCAG